AACAUUAGCAACGCCAUCUUGUUCAAUCUUGCUGAAGCUUUCAUUCAUAGAGUUAGUUCCGUUGCCGGUAGGUUGCCGGAUUCACAUUUCACUUGUUUAAUUAGUCUAUGGUUCAUUGGCUGUACUGUAGCUGUAUGGGCUUAGAUCCCUAUGCCUAACCUACCACGGAAAAGUUAUACAAAAAAAACUCUGGUUCAUUCGUUCGUUGUUGUUAACUGACAGUUGGUUGUUAUAUGGUUGUUAUUUAUAACAUUUUGAUAUUUAUCGAUUUUCUUGCGUUAUUGAUAAAUGAUAAUUGACUUAUUGAUAUUUCAACCUAUUCAGAACAGCACUCACAAUUAUUCUGUGUUUGUAUCGGAAUUUGAAUCAUUGCAAUAUCCAAAGAAUGCCGCCUACCAAGAGUGACGUUUGGCAGUAUUUCGUCAAGAUUAACAAAGACGAAGUGAAAUGUAAGAUUUGUUUCAAAACCUUAAAAUCAUCAAGGAAUACGUCAAACAUGAAUAAACAUUUAAAGAAACACCCUAAUUCUGAUGCCUCAAGUGUAAAAGGAGAUAAAAAACAAACGACGAUGUCGACGAUUCAGAAAAAGUUAGAACUGUCGAAUUUACCGAGUCGUGAUCACGAACCCCAACCAUCAACAAGUACAUCGAAAGCACCUGAAUCAGAUACAUUGUUAACAACUCCUUCACCAUCUGAUGUCGAGAGAAUUCCAAUAGUAAUCAGUGGUGAUGGUGAGUUAGAAGAAACCUAUGCACCACUUCCAAAAAAAAGGCAACUUUCAAUUGUACAAUCAAUGGAACGAAAAUACUCUUAUUUGGAUGGAGGAAAAGAUUAUUUGAAACUCUGCAAAUGUUUGCUUUAUUUUAUUUGCGUUGAUAAAAGACCGUUUGACAUUGUGAAAGGGCGUGGGUUUAAAAAAUUGAUGCAUCAAGCGUGUCCAUCAUUUAAAAUUCCUCAUGUAGAUACCCUUAAAGCACAAUUCGAACACUUUUAUAGUGUAAUGCGUUUGAAAGUAGAAAAUAUAUUUGACAAUGUAGAUCACGUGGCAUUAACCUGCGAUAUUUGGAGUGAGAUGAUGACUGUUACCAGUUAUUUAGGGGUUACUGCUCAUUAUUUGCAAGAAGACAAACUGGUGUCACGUUGCAUAGCUACCGUUGCACUGGAUCAGCGUCAUACUGGUGAUUUUAUCGCUGAAAAAUUAAAAGAAAUUUGUGCAGAUAUACACAUCAGUUUGGAUAAAAUAACUGCAGUAGUUACAGACAAUGGCUCGAACAUGAUAGCCGGCAUAGCAAAUUUUCUAGAAAAGAACAAACAUUUACCUUGCUUUGUUCAUACAAUUAAUCUAAUCGCUGAAUCUGCCAUGUCAGUCAAUGAUUUAGGAGCAUUAGUAAGCAAGGUACGAGACAUUGUAAAAUUUUUCAAGAGCAGUGUAAUCCUCAGUGACUCUUUACGUCAAAAACAAACUGGGUCUCAACCUCUCAAACUGAUUUUAGACGUGAAGACUCGGUGGAAUUCCGUCUAUUAUAUGCUACAGAGAUACAUUGAAUUAGCACCAAUAGUUCAUCAAAUUUUGAUGUUAAAUACAAAAGCACCACCCACACCAUCGGCUGUAGAAAUGCAAAAUAUUAAAACAUUGAUUUGUAUUUUGAAACCGCUGGAGUAUGUAACCAAAGAGUUAUCAGGUGAACAGUAUGUAACCAUUAGUAAAAUAAUUCCGAUGGUGAACUGUUUGAAGAUUAUUAAUAUACCUAUGGCUGUAGGUGAUGGUGAUGGUCCCCAUGGAAGGGUAAUAGAUACAGUAAAAAAAGAAAUCCUAAAACAGAUAGAACGCCGAUUCGGACAUAUUGAAGAUAAUUAUUUGAUUGCAAUGUCAUGUUUGCUAGAUCCGAGAUUCAAGAAUAUCCAUUUUCAGGACGCUAAAGCUUGUGCAAAGGCAAUUUCUUUACUGAGAAGAUAUAUAACAACGUCUCCUAGUGUUAUCGGCAGCGAUCAUGACAGCGAUUCCUCUCUUGAAACAACUUACGAUUUUUGGAGUCACCACAAGAAAUUAGCUCACACGAAAAAGCGAUGUAAAACCAGUUCUUCAUCACAGUUUGAAAAUAAGGAUGAAAUAAGCCAUUAUUUAUCAACACAGGUUUCGCCACUUUCUUUGGAUCCUCUGAAACAAUGGGAAGAUAUGAAAGUUGUUUUCCCAAAAUUAUAUAAAUUGGCACGAGAAUUUUUAUCGAUUCCUGCGACUUCAGUGCCCUCAGAAAGAUUGUUUUCGAAAGCUGGAAGUACAAUUACUAAAACCCGUAACCGCCUAUCGCCAAAAAGGCUCGACGAACUUCUUUUCUUGAGCGAUUGUACCGAGGAGGAAUGGGAUUUAUAAUAUUUUAGAUUAAAAAAUUGUGGCUUUACUUACAGGUUGUUUUUAUUUAUCUUAUAAUUAUAUGUACCAUUUGUUAUUUUUUCAUUUUCUCUUACUGUAUGAAGGUACAGACGAUACUUACUGACUAACAUUGACAAACUAACGUAUGGCGUACCGCGUAGGCCCUGCCUGAGAAAAGAACUCGAUACUUUUGUGUCGAUUCUUUUACGAGUACGAUACUUUUUUAUCGAUACUACUCAUGAGUACAGUAUCGAUACUUUCUAUUCGAUACCGUGUCCCUACCCCUACAGUCCACGCUCACCGUGCGGUCAAGCUGCACCGUUCAAAUUUAAAUUCACGCCAUUUUUUAUUAUAGAUUGUCAAAAUCGAAGCUAUCAAAAAUACGUCACUUCUAUCCGAACGACAAAUUUUAGAAAAUCCUGAAAUUUUCAACGACAUGCCCUAUUUAGACACAAGCUUAAAUUAUUGCGCACAUGUUUAAUAAGCCAAUAGCUGAACCAUCAAGCAUUGUUUUUUUAAUUUUCUCAUUGAAGGAAAACCAACAGAUGCUAGUAAUUUCUCAGUUAAAACGGUAAGACAUCUGCUAAAAACUAUCUAUCUAUCCAUUUAAGAGCUGCGCUCUUGUCGGUGGAGCUCUUGCCACUCACUACGAUUUUCAGCGAGUCUCUUUACCUCUUGAUACGACACGACACCAACUCCUUCCAUCUAAUAGUAAAUAAGCCAAAAAAUAAUAUGCCAUUAAUAACCGAUAUACAAAAAAAAUUAAAGGAAAUCAUAUUAAAUAGAAGGGAAAUGUCAAAAUAAAGAGCAAAGCAAAAGGGAAUAGAAAAAAUAUUCACAUAAAAAUGGUAAAAAAAGAAAUUUUAGUGAAAAAAAAAAUUAAUGUGUUUGUAUUGGUUAAAACAUAUCAUAUAACGAAGUAUCAGGUGGUAGUGAAGCUGC